AUGUCCACGCUCCCACUGAAGGCGCUGUCGCGGCUCUGGGGUCGCUUCAACGAGAUCGAUAUCCCCUACUACUUCCGCGUGCCUGGCUUCAAGCUCUACUCGUUUAUUUUCGGCGUCAACCUCGACGAAGUAUCGGAACCUGACCUGCACGUCUAUCCCAACCUCGCCGCCUUCUUCUACCGAACACUCAAGCCCGGCGUGCGGCCCCUGGACCCGAACCCCAACGCCGUACUCUCACCCGCAGACGGAAAGGUCAUCCAGUUCGGAAUCAUCGAGCAUGGAGAGGUUGAGCAGAUCAAGGGCGUGACGUAUAGUCUGGAUGCGUUGCUCGGAUCCGAACGCCCAACCAAGCCGGCACUACAAAGUCCAGACGCAAGAGGCCAGACCAGCGACAAGCAUACGAAAGUCGGAUCUGACGAUGUGAUGCGAGCUGACGAGGAAUUUGCCAACGUCAAUGGAAUCUCCUACUCCCUCCCUAAUCUGUUCUCAGGACCAUGGCCAAAGGGUGGGAAGCCUGCAGAGAUGCCAACCGACCAGGCUACCCACUCACAACCCUCUUCCGAAGCUGAAGUGAGCGCCGACCUUGCUCUGAGCGAGUCUGCGAGACCGUGGUGGGCCCCAGGAAACUCGGUCAAGACACCUACCGCGCUAUACUACUGUGUCAUCUAUCUUGCACCUGGAGACUACCACCGCUUCCACUCCCCGGUAUCUUGGGUCGUUGAGUCGCGCCGCCAUUUCGCUGGCGAACUUUUCAGCGUAUCUCCCUAUCUCCAGCGCACUCUCCCUGGUCUGUUCACACUCAACGAGCGCGUCGUGCUCCUCGGCCGCUGGAGAUGGGGUUUCUUCUCUUACACCCCCGUCGGUGCAACAAACGUGGGCUCCAUCAAGAUCAAUUUCGAUCGCGAACUGCGCACCAACUCCCUCACAACUGACACUGCCGCCGAUCGUGCCGCCGAAGAAGCGCAAGCGCGCGGCGAGCCGUACUCUGGAUUCGCCGAAGCCACGUACGGCAACGCGAGUGCGGUGCUGGGUGGCCACGCCCUGAAGAGGGGCGAGGAGAUGGGCGGCUUCCAGCUUGGAAGCACCAUCGUGCUGGUGUUCGAGGCACCCAAGGGAGUACGACCCAGUCUUGAUGAAGGGUAUCUCGGGAGGAAAGGCGGGUUCAAGUGGAAUAUAGGGCAGGGCCAGAAGGUCAAGGUUGGACAAAGUCUGGGAUAUGUCGAGGAGGCACAUUAG